AUGCAAGCCAAAAAAAAUUACGAUAAAGAAUUAGAGUUUGAUCAACCUUAAAGAGACUCUUCAUCACCUGAAACUUAAGCAAAAAGAGUUUCAUGGAUAGUAGCUUUGAUUAUAAUUAUAAUUUCAGUUUUUAUAGCUAUAAUUUGCUCAGCAAUAUACAACCAACAACCAGCACUACCAAUAGAAUAUGAUUAUGUCAUAAGCAACUGGUAGACUUCCCCAAUCUACGCUAUUACACCAAGUGCUUCUGGUUGUACUGAGUAUUUUACUGCUUACUAAUUCCCAGGUACAGUUGAUGGUUGUGAUUGCACAAGUUCUCCAAGUGUCAAAUACAGUAACAAUAUUUUUGCUUCUCAGUGUUCUUAAGAGUAAUUAAGUAAUGGUUGUAAGUCUGUAAAUAGUACCCCUCAAACGACCUUUACUUAAUGGCAGCUUUAAAGUUAAAUCCUCUAAUUAUGCGUAACUCGUAUAAAAGGUUUCAACUACAUGCAAUCUGAUUGUUCAGUAGUUGGAUACUAAAGAUGUGGAGUCGCCUAAGGAGAUACUACAAAUCCCAAUAUGUUCUGCCUACCAGCUAGUGCUUAAUGCCCAAUCAACUCAAUAAUUUACGGAGCUACUGCACCUGAUACAUCUUACGUCUCUAUAAUUAAUGUUGGAACAUAGAAGAUCUUCACUUCCAGUUCAGUUGUCAACAGCUAGCCACUAGCAUUUUCUCAUAUAUCAAGAGGUAACGGAGAAUGUAAAGACUUUUAAAACUAUCACUAUAUAGACCCAAAUAUGAAUGAGUAUCAAUUAAUGCGCGGAAAAAGCAAUACUUGCACAUCCAGCUAGACUGACCCUCGUUUCUAAUAGCUCUUCUAAAUCACAGAAUCUACAUACUUCAGCGCAAAUAGUUAUGAUGUAAGUAACUUACCAUAAUACCCUCUCUCUCAAAACAUGCAAUAUUAUUUCCUAACUAGAAGUUAUAUUCCUUGGUAAUAGCUUGGAAACUGUCGUUAUACUCAUAUGCCUUACUUUAUAAACUUAAAAUCUAAUUUAGACACCAUUAGCAACCUAUGGAUAGGAUGCAUAAUCGUUAAUUGGUUUGUUGCAAUCUUAUAUGGUGGUCUAGCUAGCGCUUUAAGACUAAAAUUAACUUGGAAAAUAAAAAAUUGGUAUAUUAUACCUACUAUCAUAUUAUUAUUGAUCUAGACAAUCAUGACAGUUUUAACUUUUGCAUAUGCAGUUUACAAUAAUAACAAAAUCUCAAGUAUGAAUAAUGCUUAAUGCUCAGACGUACAAACAAAUAACAUGAUUUCUUCUUUUAGCAGUAGCUUUAAUACAAGCGUUCUCACAUACCAAAUUGUACUUCUUGUUUUUGUUUUGGUGCUAAACAUAUUUACAAUUUUCUUCAUGAAAACAAUCUUCAUAAUUAUAAGAAACUCUUCAGGCAAAGAAGUCAUCCUUCCCUAAUAGUAGACUACCUCUAAAGUAAAUUUCAAAGAAUCUAGUAAUAGAAAUAAGAAAAAGGUUGAUUACCAUGAAAAUGAUCAAGAUCAUAAUUUAUUAGAAGAUAGAGGAUAAGUUGCUGGAGGCUUCGACAACACAUACUAACCUAACAGUAAUGCAGAUGCAAAUACAUUAUAGUAUUAGCAUGUAGAUGGUGCAAGUGAUGUUGUGUCGAAUAUGAAUAGUAAUAAUAUAAAUGCUAAUGCAAAUACAAUAAAUUAAGAAACCAUCAACGUUCCUUUAGUAGUUAAAGUAAAUGAUAAUCUUGAAGGAAAUAAGCAAAAAGGAGUCCUUAAAAAAGGAGCAAAUUAACCACCUGGUUAGAACUUGCAAAUAAUUUAACCAAAUAAUAACUAAAAUGGAGGCAUCAAUAUUAAGGUGACUAAAUUUGAUAAUGAUAAUAACUAAACUUAUUAAACUAAAGAUUAAGAGUUAGAAAACCUAUACCAAUAAAUAACUAAUACUGAUUUAUCUGGUAAUAAAAGAAAUGAUAAUAAUAACAGCAACAAUUAUAAUAAUAAUUCAUAAAAUAAACAAGGAGGAGGAAAAAUGACAUUGGACGUACAAGGCAAUAAUAUGAAUAAAAAUAAUAGCAACAAUAAUAUUAAUAGCAGGAAUAAUUUAGAUAUGCAGUUGAAUAUUUUAUCUGGAAAUAAUGUAGACAAAUAUUAAAAUAAUGAAUCCCAUUUUAUUCCUGAACCUGUCAAAUCCCAGCAACCUUCAGCAGCUUAAAUUGCUUACUAAGAAUCUUAAGACUAGUAAGCAAUAAAAAGUUUUGCGAAUAUGGAAGGAUUAAUGGAUAAAGAAGAUUGGGAAUUCGAAAUCGAUGAUUAUGUCAAAAAACACAGAGAAAACUAGCAAUCUCAUAACCGUAUAGGUGGUGGAUAUGAGAUUGGUAAACCAAGAGAAAAGUAUCUAGGCCAUAAAUUCAAAAAAUCACAUACAAGAAGAUUCCAACAACAAAGCUCUAUGGAGUUUGAUUAAGAUAUAGGAAAGAAAACCCAAUAAAAUCUUUUAGGCUCACAGGUUACAAUUAAUUAAAUGACCACUAACUAGAUAAAUAACUAAGAAAUAGUAGAAAAUUUAGAUGAUUAUGAUUCAUAAUCUAAUAACUAAAAAUUACCAUGA